AUGAACUUUGGUAGACCAGACCAAAAUUCUCAAGGUAGUGCACCGGCUGACAAGGAAGCACCAGAUUUCAAGCUCUCAGGAAAACUGAAAGAAGAUACAAACACAUUUCGUGGGGUUGUUGUACAUUACAAUGAACCUCCAGAGGCUAGAAAGCCUAAAAAGAAAUGGCGUUUGUAUCCUUUUAAGGGAGAACAGAAUUUACCAGUAUUACAUAUUCAUAGACAAAGUGCAUAUUUGAUAGGUCGUGAUCGAAGAGUGGCUGACAUCCCUGUUGAUCAUCCUUCUUGUUCCAAACAACAUGCAGCUCUUCAGUAUCGUCUUACAGAAUUCAGACGUGAAAAUGGAUCUCGUGGCAUGAAAGUUAAACCGUAUGUCAUAGAUCUUAAUUCAGCUAAUGGAACUUAUGUUAAUAAUGAGAAAAUAGAAGGACAAAGAUAUGUAGAGUUAUUUGAAAAAGAUGUUGUAAAAUUUGGUUACAGUUCUCGAGAAUAUGUUAUAUUACAUGAUAAAGUGGAUACCUCAGAACUUUUAGAUGAGGAUGGUGAGUCAGAAUGA